GGGCGGGGGUACGGCAGCCGGGAGGGGCCGCGGCUGUCACCUUGGCCAUGGCGGCCGGGCCGCCACCGCCGCUGGACCGCCCCGUGCUGCCCGCGUUCAGGGAGGAGGGAUUCGGGGACAAGUUCCUGCGCAAGACCCGCGAGAACCCCCUCGUGCCCCUCGGCUGCCUGUGCACCGUCGGCGUCCUGACCUACGGCCUAAUCUGCUUCAAGAGGGGCAACACCCGCCGGUCACAGCUGAUGAUGCGGGCGCGUAUCCUGGCCCAGGGCUUCACCUUCGCGGCCCUGCUGGGGGGCAUGGCGGUCACGGCCCUGAAAUCCAGACAGUGACCUCGGGCAGGAGAGGCCAGCACCCACCACCCCGGGAUGGAUCUUGGCUGUGGAUGGAGUUUUCUGAGGGACUGUUGUGAUGUCUUGGUGGAGCCACUGCUGGAGAGGCUCUGUAGUCCAGAGCACUGGAAAUGGGGUGAAUACACUCUGUGAUUAUCCUGAAA